ACUCCCGCUCUCCACGGUAAGCCUGGGAAGUGGGCGCAGGUCUCCUACCUGCCCUUGGCCCACUAUCUCCUAGCCCCCCCCCCAAGAAAUUUUUGGGAAUUACUUACGGGCUUUUUCGGCUUCCGUGCCAGACGCGUUCCCUCAUAGCUCCGGUUCCUCUCCCAGGUAGCCUCUGCUCUCCUCAAUGCCUCCACCUGUUCCCAUGGGAGGCGAUCCCUCCCAGCCAGGAUCUCCUCCCAAGUGUAGCAACCCUUUCCAUCCAAAACAUCGUCCCAUGUCCAUUGCUCCUUUCUCUCCUGUCCCUUACUCCGUUUCGUUUUCCCUUGCCGCUUGGUCUUAGCGUGUUGGUGGGUGAUUCUGUAACGGGUGACGCUCUCCUCAUCCUCAGAUGAGGUGAGGAGAGAAGGAUCUUCAGACCAAAACGCAGGCUCAGGGAAAUAAGCCAUCUUUAUUAAACACGAUGAUGGCAAAACACGAAACGAAACAAACACUUUCCAAACUACAAAAAUAACAAAACGACGUUGACGAAACCUGAACAUAAACUUACAUAACUAGACAUAAACUUACGUACAGGAAACAGACGACAUCGAAACGAAAACGAAACAAACAAACGCUACAGUCCAGUGUGGUACGAACAAACAUACUGACACAGGAGACAAUCACCCACAAACAAACAGUGAGAAUGCCCUACCUAAAUAUGACUCUUAAUUAGAGGCAAACGCAAACCACCUGCCUCUAAUCAAGAGCCAUACCAGGCAAACCGAAACCAACAUAGAAACAGAUAACAUAGAAUGCCCACCCAACCUCACGUCCUGACCAACUAACACACAAAAACUAACAUAAAUAGGUCAGGAACGUGACAUUAUUUCCAUUAUGGAAUACACACACUCCUAAAUAUCUAUAGAGUAUGGUGACAUUUUGGUCUGGAUGAUUUUUGCUCUGUUUUGAACAUAACCAAGCAACCAAAGUAAAAGAAUUUUAACUGAUGAAAUAAUCUAAAGUUAAAAAAAAUACUAUGACAUUCACAGUGACGUUGCAGGUUUGUUAAAUCAUUUUUUCCCUUCAUUUUAAUGAUGGGUUAGAACCAGUUCAGGGAACAGACCAAAAACAGGGAAACAACGAAAUGAUUUGAGGAACAGAACCGUUAUUUUAAAAGCAUGGGAACCGGUUAAUAACGUUAUGUUACGUUGCUGGGAUGUUUUCCAGUCCUACUGGAAACAAGGUGUGUUACACCAUACGGUAAUGUAUGUUUUAUUUUGAAUAGCAGUAACUUUUGGUGCACUCUUUCCCAGUGCACUCUCUUUUCUCCGUCCUCUCCUGUGUAGAAGUAUAAGGUCUGCUGUAUAUGUCGUCAUAAAUGGAACUUAUUUUCCAUAUUGUCACUCUCUCUCUGGGCCGGAAUACUGUCUGCUGCACGUGGUUGGCACUGGGAGAACGUGUGUGUUUGAGAGGACAUGAGCUAUUGGAAACAUCCCCGUGUUUGGGUGAGAAAACAGAAACAUUGUGACAGGCAGAUGAGCUUACACACACACACACACAUUGGUGUCAUCAUCCUAGCACAUUCAUUUAAAUGCACACAACAGAAAGCAAAAACCUAUUUUAAACAGUCAUAAGCACUGGUAAUAUAUACAAUGUACACUCUCAAGUGUUUCUACACCUUCCCUUAUACAUUACUUAGGAUAUAAUGCAUACAUAGUGUAUUUAUACAUUCCAACACUUAUACAUCUCUUUUAAUAAAAAAAAUACACUUACACACGCAAACACACACAUACAUACAGUGCCUUCUGGAAAGUAUUCAGACCCAUUGACCUUUUUAACAUUCUUUGUUACAGCUUUAUUCAAAUUAAUUAUAUAAAAACAAUUCCUCAGCAAUUUACAUACAAUACCCCAUAAUGACAAGUGAAAACAGAUUUUUAGAAAGCUUUAUAAAUGUAUUUAUAAAACAAACACCUUAUUUACAUGAGUAUUCAGACCCUUUGCUAUGAGACUCGAAAUUGAUCUCAGGUGCAUCCUGUUUCCAUUGAUCAUACUUGAGAUGUUUCUAUAACUUGAUUGGAGUCCACCUGUGGUAAAUUCAAUUGAUUGGACAUGAUUUGGAAAGGCACACACCUGUCUAUAUAAGGUCCCACAGUUGACAAUGCAUGUCAGAGCAAAAAUAAAGCCAGGAGGUCGAAAGAAUUUUCCGUAGAGCUCCGAGACAGGAUUGUGCCGAGGCACAGAUCUGGGAAAGUGUACCAAAACAUUUUUGAAUGUCCCCAUGAACACAGUGGCCUCCAUCAUUCUUAAAUGGAAGACGUUUAGAACCACCAACACUCUUCCUAGAGCUGGCUGCCCGGCCAAACUGAGCAAAACUGACCAAGAACCCGAUGGUCACUCGGACAGAGCUCCAGGGUUCCUCUGUGGAGAUGGGAGAACCUUCCAGAAGGACAACCAUCUCUGCAGCACUCCACCAAUCAGGCCUUUAUGGUAGAGUGGCCAGACGGAAGCCACUCCUCAGUAAAAGGCACAUGACAGCCCGCUUGGAGUUUGCCAGAAGGCACCUAAAGACUCUCAGACCAUGAGAAACAAGAUUCUCUGGUUUGAUGAAACAAAGAUUGAACUCUUUGGCGCCAAGUCUGAAGGAAACCUGGCGCCAUCCCUACGAUGAAGCAUGGUGGUGGCAGCAUCAAGCUGUGAGGAUUUUUUUCAGCUGCAUGGAUUGAAAGACUAGUCAGGAUCGAGGCAAAGAUGAACGGAGCAAAGUACAGAGACCCUUGAUGACAACCUACUUCACAGCGCUCAUGACCUCAGACUUGGGCGAAGGUUCAUCUUACAACAGGACAAUGACCCUAAGCACACAGCCACGACAACACAGGAGUGGCUUCGAGACAAGUCUCUGAAUGUCCUUGAGUGGCCCUGCCAGAGCCCAGACUUGAACCCGAUCUAAUAUCUCUGGCGAGACCUGAAAAUAUCUGUGCAGCAACGCUCCACAUCCAACCUGACAGAGCUUGAGAGGAUCUGCAGAGAGGAAUGGGAGAAACUCCCCAAAUACAGGUGUGCCAAGCUUGUAGCGUCAUACCCAAGAAAACUUGAGGCUGUAAUCGCUGCCAAAGGUGCUUCAACAAAGUACUGAGUAAAGGUUUGAAUACUUAUAUGAAUGUAUUAUUUUCGUUUUUUAUUUGUAACGAAUUUACGAGUAGAUUGAUGAGUGGGAAAAAACAAUUUAAUACUUUUUAGAAUAAAGUAUGGAAAAAGUCAAGGGGUCUGAAUACUUUCCGAAUGCGCUGUAAUCAUUUUAUUAGCACUAUCUAGGGUUACCAACAUGCCCUCCAAAUACACCUCUGCUGUCUUCAACUUUGAUCUCAGCGAUCACUGCUUCAACGCCUGCAUCCGUAAUGGGUCUGCGGUCAAAGGAUCACCCCUCAUCACUGUCAAACGCUCCCUAAAACACUUCAGCAAGCAGGCCUUUCUAAUCAACCUGGCCCGGGUAUCCUGGAAGGAUAUUGACCUCGUUCCGCCAGUAGAGGAUGCCUGGUUAUUCUUUAAAAGUGCUUUCCUCGCCAUUUUAAAUAGGCAUGCCCCAUUCAAAAAAAAUUAACCAGGAACAGAUAUAGCCCUUGGUUCACUCCAGUUCUGACUGCCCUUGACCAGCACAAAAACAUCCUAUGGCGUACUGCAUUAUCAUCGAAUAGCCCCCGCGAUAUGCAACUUUUCAGGGAAGAUAGGACACAAUAUACGCAGGCAGUUAGGAAAGCAAAUGCUAGCUUUUUCAAACAUAAAUUUUCAUCCUGUAGCACAAACUCCAAAAAGUUCUGGGACACUGUAAAGUCCUUGGAGAAUAAGAGCACCUCCUCCCAGCUGCCCACUGCACUGAGGCUAGGAAACACUGUCACCACCGAUAAAUCCACGAUAAUUGAGAAUUUCAAUAAGUAUUUUUCUACGGCCAUGCUUUCCACCUGGCUACCCCUACCCCGGUCAACAGCCCUGCACCCCCCACAGCAACUUGCCCAAGCCUCCCCCAUUUCUCCUUCACCCAUAUCCAGAUAGCUGAUGUUCUGAAAGAGCUGCAAAAUCUGGAUCCCUACAAAUCAGCCGGGCUAGACAAUCUGGACCCUCUCUAAAAUUAUCAGCCGAAAUUGUUGCAACCCCUAUUACUAGCCUGUUCAACCUUUCUUUCAUAUCGCCUGAGAUCCCCAUAGAUUGGAAAGCUGCCGCGGUCAUCCCCCUCUUCAAAGGGGGUGACACUCUAGACUCAAACUGUUACAGACCUAUAUCUAUCCUACCCUGCCUUUCUAAGUUCUUCGAAAGCCAAGUCAACAAACAGAUCACCAACCAUUUCCAAUCCCACCGUUCCUUCUCCGCUAUGCAAUCUGGUUUCCGAGCUGGUCAUGGGUGCACCUUAGCCACGCACAAGGUCCUAAACGAUAUCAUAACCGCCAUCGAUUAGAGACAAUACUGUACAGCUGUAUUCAUCGACCUGGCCAAGGCUUUCGACUCUGUCAAUCACCACAUCCUCAUCGGCAGACUCGACAGCCUUGUUUUCUCUGAGUGCCUCGCCUGGUUCAUCAACUACUUCUCAGACAGAGUUCAGUGUGUCAAAUCAGAGGGCCUGUUGUCCGGACCUCUGGCAGUCUCUAUGGGGGUGCCACAGGGUUCUAAUCGCGGGCCGACUCGCUUCUCUGUAUACAUCAAUGAUGUCGCUCUUGCUGCUGGUGAUUCUUUGAUCCACCUCUACACAGACGACACCAUUCUGUAUACUUCUGGCCCUUCUUUGGACACUGUGUUAACUAACCUCCAGACGAGCUUCAAUGCCAUACAACUCACCUUACGUGGCCUCCAACUGCUCUUAAAUGCAAGUAAAACAAAAUGCAUGUUCUUCAACCGAUCGCUGCCCUCACCUGCCCACCCGUAUAGCAUCACUACUCUGGACGGUUCUGACUUAGAAUAUGUGGACAACUACAAAUACCUAGGUGUCAGGUUAGACUGUAAACUCUCCUUCCGUACUCACAUUAAGCAUCUCCAAUCCAAAAUUAAAUCUAGAAUCGGCUUCCUAUUUCACAACAAAGCCUCCUUCACUCAUGCUGCCAAACGUACCCUCAUAAAACUGACUAUCCUACCGAUCCUUGACUUCGGCGAUGUCAUUUACAAAAUAGCCUCCAACACUCUACUUGGCAAAUUGGGUGCAGUCUAUCACAGUGCCACCCGUUUUGUCACCAAAGCCCCAUAUACUACCCACCACUGCGACCUGUAUCCUCUCGUUGGCUGGCCCUCGUCGCCAAAUCCACUGGCUCCAGGUCAUCUAUAAGUCUUUGCUAGGUAAAGCUCCGCCUUAUCUCAGUUCACAGGUCACCAUAGCAACACCCACCUUUAGCACGCGCUCCAGCAGGUAUAUUUCACUGGUCACCCCCAAAGCCAAUUCCUACUUUGGCCGCCUUUCCUUCCAGUUCUCUGCUGCCAAUGACUGGAACGAACUGCAAAAAUCACUGAAGCUGGAGACUCAUUUAUCCUUCACUAACUUUAAGCACCAGCUGUCAGAGCAGCUCACAAAUCACUGCAUCUGUACAUAGCCCAUCUGUAAAUAGCCCAUCCAACUACCUCAUCCCCAUACUGUUAUUUAUUUUAUUUAUUUAUUUUGCUCCUUCGCACCCCAGUGUCUUUACUUGCACAUGCAUCUUCUGCACAUCUAUCACUUCAGUGUUUAAUUGCUAAAUUGUAAUUAUUUUGCCACUAUGGCCUGUUUAUCACCUUACCUCCCUUAUCCUACCUCAUUUGCACACACUGUAUAUAGACUUUUUCUAUUGUAUUAUUGACUGUAUGUUUUGUUUAUUCCAUGUGUAACUCUGUGUUGUUGUAUGUGUCGCACUGCUUUGCUUUAUCUUGGCCAGGCCGCAAUUGUAAAUGAGAACUUGUUCUCAACUAGACUACCUGGUUAAAUAAAGGUGAAAUAAAAUGUUCUUAAAAAAAUCUCUCAUGAGUAGUUCAGUUUAGGUCAAACUGUGUUUAACAGUAUAAUCUAAAACACCAAUACAUUAUUACACAUUAUAACAAGAUAAUACAGCCAUCUAUAUAUAAAGAGAGAGAGAUAUGGUGAGAGAAGAGGCUCCUUCCGCUCUCCAAUCCCAUCUGUUUGACACAUAGAUGGAGGGAGGGGGGGAGGAACAGGCGAAUGAAAUGAAAACGAGGCCAGAGCCUGGCUGAGAGAGGAGAGGAGGAGAGGAGGGGUGAUGAGAGAAGACGGGGAGGGGCUGUUUGGAGAAAAUCAGGGAAAAAAUUGAGAGAGGCAGGCUGGGGGGUUGGGCUCCGGGAUCUGUGGUGUGUGUGUGUGUAUGCGUGUGUGUGUGUGUGUGUGUGCUCUAUUCCUUUCCUUUCUUUGUUUGACUACUGAGUGGAAAAAAAGCGAGACAGAAAAAGAGAGUGUGUGUGUUCGAGAGAGAGAGAGAGAGAGAGGGGGUGAGGGAAAGAGGGUGAGAAAAGAAAAAGGAGAUCCAAAGCGAGAGGCACACACUUUUUUUCUGGAAGAGAGAGAGACAAAGACGCAACAAUAUUUAUGUAUGAUUUGUAGCCUUUUUAAAACACUGCAUGCUUCUGACACCAGGGUCAGGUUGGGGGGCUGGUUGUGUGUGUGCGUGUAUGUUUUUUUGUUGUGUGCAUCGGUCUGUCGCUCGGUGUGUGUGUGAGGGGAAGCCGGGUUCCCGGCCCCCUUGUCCGUCUGGUUUAAAGGGAACAGAAGGGAACAACACAAAGCUAGGGGCUGAAUGUCGCUGCUGCUGGAGAUUUGCUGAGCUAGCCUGCCUUCGCUGCUCUGCUCUGCUCUAGAUAGCUAACACUACACACACUCUGGAUAUUACUACUACUUAAUCAGCACCUCUCAGCCUAACCCUGAACACGGAGGCAGACAGACAGACAGGGAGACAGACAGACACGUGGUAAUAUGUUGGUCAACUGAAGCUCUACAACGUCCCUGCCACUGACCAGGCUGAAGACGUGUGAUACAGGGCUGAAGAGAUCCCAGAGAUGAUUAGCUGUAGAAGCUGAGACUUGACGAGACAGAGGAUCUUGAAUUAGGUGCUAUUCUAAAAGCCUAACGGGCUGUAUAGUAUUGGUGUUGAAGACAGGUGUGUAGUCUUCCCUUGGUCUUUGGUGUGUGGCCUUCUCUGUGUUGCAGUGGAGGGCUUCACAGACACAGCUACUGUGGCUGGAUGCAUCACGCAGUAGAGCAGUUUGGCGGGCGCGGCACACGGGACUCCUUCCCUCUGGACGGACUCAGCCGGGUACCAUGGCCUCCCGUGGUCAACCGCCCCACCUGGGCGCAACCUGCCAGGUGUUCGCCAGGUGUCAAUCAACACCAGCUCCUCCCCCAUCCAGUGCCAAGUCACAUGGGCGGACUGAACCAUCCCAGUAAAUUCUUCAAUAAUGGGCCCAUGCAGGUUCGUGGCGGUGAAAAGCUGGAGCUGUCCCAGGCCAUGUUACCCAGCCUCCAGAGAGGGGACCAGCAACGCCCCCUUCCUCCCCCCCACCGGGUGUGGGAACAGUUGGGUCAGCUGUAUGACUCCCACCCCCCUCCUCAUUCACUUGUACCCCUACCUAGCGACCACACCCCCCGCCUGCACAGUGGUGGAUACAGCACUAGGCCGCCUACCCACCUGCCUUCCAGACCCAAUCAGCUACUGAAGUAUGAGGGUCCUCAGGAGCAUCAUGUUCCCAGGGGUCCAGCAUCACUGGGUGAUGAUAUGUGGUCUCAGGUUCAGCAGCAGCAGCAGAGGGGUUACCCAGGGAAAAUGUCGGGGGGGCAGCUGAAGAGGCCGGCCCCCCCUCUAGGGGAGCACUCGGUCAUCCAGCACACCCCGCCCCCCUCCCUUCACCCCUCUCGCCCCAAUGAGGACUGCCCCAGUCCUAGCAAGAGGAAGAGGAAGAGGAGCUCUGAGCAGAUUCCUCACCCCAGCAUGCAGAGGUUCUCUGGCCCAGGAGGACACCCCCUGCCCCCCCAGCAGCAGCCCCCGGCCCACCUCCCCCCUCCCCCACCCAAACCUGCCUUCUGGAACCCCAUGCAUAAGGGGAACGCCCCCUGGGCCCAGCCCGAACGCAGGAACGGGCCUUCAGAGUUCCAGAUCAGAACUGACUCAGCCAAGUCAGGUCUGGGUGGCUACACCUACAAACCUCCCCCCCCCUCCGCCCCCUCGCCAAUCUCCCCACCCUGCAUCUCCUCCCUGGGAGACUACCCCCAGGGGCGUGGCGGGCCCCCCCCACCCCACAAGCCCCAGUUCCCACCUCAGGCCCUCAAUCAACCCCCCCACAAUAACCACCCCCAGUACCCCAAACAACCAGCUCCAGCCCCGCCCCUCAUGGGGAUGGAGCCCCGGGGAGGUCCUCCUACCCCCCAGAGAGGCCCUACCACUGGGGGCCGAGGAAUCAACAACCAGCCCCUCUCUCAUCCUCCUCACCACCAAGCUCCAGCAAGGGGGGACAGUAGAGGAGAAAGGGACAGUAGGGAGCCCCCCCAACCCUCACCAGCAAACCACACCGGCGUGCCUUACAGCCACAACCCACACCCCCACUUCCAGCCCCACCCGGGGCUGGGGCACACGGCCCCACAACCCCGUCCUCCUGCCCCUGCCUGCAGCACCGCAGUACCUCAGCAGCACAACCCCACCACCCCACACCACGAGGCCUGGCGGCCCCAGGGCCAGGGCAGGCCACAAAGCAACCACCCCCCGGAGUCAGGUCUCUACAGGGCAGGGCCGGUGUCUCAGGGGCAGCAUCAGAACCAGGUCGGGGAGACCCGGGGUCCUGCGCCCCUCCAGCAUCAUCAGCACCCCCGCCCCCACAUCAGCCCCCCUCAGGCCUCCCCCAUACCUCCUACCAGGACGCCAGUCAUCACCCCCACCUUCACCCCCCAGCCCCCCUGCUCACAGUCACAUAACAACCGCUACAGUAGUAGUAUGACUGGACCUGCACUCUCCACUGUGACCACAGCGCCGCCUGCUGUGUGCUCAGCUAGCAACACCCCCAGCAGCAGGAGAGGCAGGGAGACGAUGGGAAUGCUCCACCAGACCUCACUUCCAUCUCAGCUGGAGAGGGACCCAGAGAGGGGGCCCAUCCACCCCAUGCUGCACCCAGGGUAUCAGGGAGCCCGUGUGGGCACUGCCAUUCACCCUCACCCCCAGCGGGCACCACCCAGGCCCCAGCAGCAGCCUAGCCACCACCACCAACCGUCUGUCCAGGGGAAGGGUUACUACGGACGGCCUGAGUCUGAUCGCACUCCUUCCUCUUCGUCAUCAUCCUCAGGACACCAGAGGGCAGGAGAGAGCGUAAUCACCAGCAGAGGGUCUCACCCCAACCCCCUCCCGCAGACGACGGUCACUAGCUCACCCCAUGACCGCACCAUAACCGCCCCCCAAACCCAAACGGUCAACUCUGCCCCUCAGCCAGCCUCCAAUCCCUCUUACUCCAGACUCUGUGCCCAGUCUACACCCCAGCCCCCCCAGGCUACCACCACCUCAGCCCAGGGGUAUCUUAACUCUCGAUCCCAGCCACCUCCACCCUCAGCCCCCCAGUCCAUGGAGGAGGCCCUGGAUAAACUGGAUGCUGAGCUGCAGGGUCAUAUGCAGGCCGAGGAGAGGAGGAUGGACUGGGAGAGAGAGCAGGAGUUAAGGAAGAGGAGGGAUUGGGAGAGAGAGCAGGAGGAGAGGAAGAGGAGGGAUUGGGAGAGAGAGCAGGAGGAGAGGAAGAGGAGGGAGUGGGAGAGGGCGGAAGAGGAGAAGAAGAGAAAUAGGGAAUGGGAAAAAGAGCAGGAGGAAAGGAAGAGGAGGGACUGGGAGAGAGAGAGGGAGGAAGAGGAGAGGAAGAAAAGGAGGGAGUGGGUGAGAGAGGAUGAGGAGAGGAAGAGGAGGAUGGAGAGGAAGGCAAAGGAGGAGAUGAGCAGGAGCAGUAAGGGGAGAGAGGAGUCCGCCAUUGAGAGUCUGGAGAGACUCCUGUCAGGCAGCACUUCUUCUGCCCCGCCUCCUCCUCGCCUGUCCACUGUCUCCACCUCCUCCUCCUCCUUUGUCCUACCUCCACCCCCACCACCCCCCAGCCAGUCCUCCUCCUCGCCCCCCUACCCCUGGCUGAGCCGGGCCGGGGCACCCCCUUGUCCCCCAGGCCAGGCACCACCGUCUCCCGCCCCCCUGGAGAGGUCGCAGCCGCCCCCUCUCACCCCCCAGACGGAGUAUGCCAGGGAGAAGCAGAGGCAGAGGGAGAAAUGGGGCGGGAGUCCCCCGUCGUCAUCUCACAGUAGUAACGUUACCUCAGGGAACAACGCCCGGUCCUCGUUGGGGCUUUCCUACCCUAACAACCCCUCUGCUGUUACCUCUUACCCCAACCACCCCUUAAAUAACACCACCAUGCGAGGCACCCCCCGUCCACCCAAAGACACCCCCCAACCCAAGGAGAAGGCUAGUCAGCAGGCCAGAGGAGGAGUGAUGGGGGCUACAGGUCCCCUCCACAGCUCCAUCAGCAUCACCCUCCGAGAGCCCCCCAAACUCUUCCAGGCUUUCCCCAGGGACAGCCUUUCGUCCGGGACCAACCCCUCCAGAACCACCAGCAGCACCUCCAGCACAGGGGGUCUCCUCCACAAGCGCAUGCCCAGCGGAGGCCUAGGUAGCCUGGGUAGCAGCGCCAGCAGCAGCAGCAGCGGAGACUCGGACAGCGCCCAGUUUGAGGAGGAACCAUCGGAGCUCUCUACGUUACUCCCAGACGGUCUGGCCAACAUCAUGGCCAUGCUGGAUGAGUCCAUCAAGAAAGAGGAGGAAUCUUUCUAUAGCAGCGACCGAAACAGAGCCAGACAAAACAUUGUCAACACCUUCUCUGAUACCAUGCCACCGGACAAGAGCUACCUGUGUGCCCCGGACCUCAUUCCGGCGCCCAAGCAGCAGCCGCAGGACGACUUUGUUGGAGCGAACCUCCACGCCAGCCCCCCCGUGUUGAGCCGACAGGGCUCCCUGGCCUCCCCCUGCAGUCGGACCUCCUCCCUCAACGAGGAGGAGGAGGAGGAGGGUUGUCCCACCCUGAAACCCGCUCCGGAGCUCCACAAGCCAGCCGUCCCUCUCAACCCCAACCCCCAGUCGGGGACAAACUACCGCCACAGCGACCUGGCUAAACUCUACGGUCUCCCGGAGCCCGGGAAGAGUGAAUGCGACGACGAAGAUGAGGAAGAGGAGUCGGAGACCCCGUCCAGUUCCCCUCCCCCGCCCCAGAGGCCCCACCUCCACCAGACGGGGGUGAGCAGCACCUUCAAGUCCCAGGCCGCCCUGGAGAACCAGAAGUACACCUACAGAGGAGGUCCGUUUGGCCGCCCGCCCCCCUCCGCUCUGGGGGGAGUGAAGUACUCCUCUUCCCUCUCUCUGGGUCCCGACAUCCAACAGCAGCAGAAUAGCACCUCCCCCACCUCCGAUUCCACCAAUCACCCGGGCUUUACACCGUCGUUGACUCCGCCCCGAAAGCCCCGCCCACACUCCCCCUCCAACUGGGAGGCGAAGAGACAGGUCAAUAUCAAGAUGGAGGAGCCUGAUAUCUGGAGAGAUGGGAUGGAGGCCAUGGAGAAGAGGAUCCAUUCCUCAAACGAAGAGUCACAUUUGAAUCCCUCCACACAAUCCAUCAAGAUGGAACCGAAAGAAGAGAUGAAGCUCACUACCAUCUCUGAGUCUUCUCUGGCCGAGCUGGGCCGGAGCUGUGAGGUCUUCCUGACCCGGCACUCCAACUCCCUCCCCAGCAACAACACCUCAGACAGGACCAAGACUGAGCUGAAACACGAGGACAGGCACCACAAGCCUGAGAGAGAGAGGGAACGAGACAGAGAGAGAGACGGAGAGACAGAGAAGAAGAGGAAACACAGCAGCAGCAAGAAACACCAGGACAGGAAAGAGAGGAAGAAAAAGCACAGAGAGAAACGAGAGGAGAUGUCCUCCUCCCACUCCUCCUCUUCCUCCUUCCAAUCCAGUUCCAAUUCCAAACGGCACAAGGAGGGCAAAGUUCACAAGGAGAAGAAGGAGCACCUGCGGAUCCUCGGGAACCUGGACCUCCAGAGCAAGGAGAUCCGGGAGAAGGACCGCAACCACGUUCACUCUGACAUGGAGAGAGAGCGGAAGAGGGGGAAACGGGCUGGUUCCACCAGCGGAGACGAACCCUCAGAAUGGGCGUCCCAUAGUAGAAGUGAGAAAAGUUCUGGUGUCAUGUCCUCUUCUCAGGGCAGUGAGGUUGGAUCGACACUGCAGGGUUCGGCUGCUGACUUCAUGAAAUUGAAGGCCCUGUCGGACGGGCCACCUAAGGAGCUGAAGAUCAGGCUGAUCAAGGUGGAGAGCGGAGACAGAGAGACGUUCAUCGCCUCGGAGGUGGAGGAGAAGAGGACACCCCUGGAGGAGAUCAACAUAAACAACACAGCCGCAGAGGUCACACGGGCCUGCAAGGGUGCGAGGGUGAAGGGGAAGUUCAGAGAGUCCUACCUGCUCCCUGCGUUCUCUGUCAAGCCCCUGUUUACCACAGAGCCCAUCCCACGGGAGAAACUCAACCCUCCCACACCAAGCAUCUAUCUGGAGAGUAAGAGAGAUGCCUUAUCCCCGGUACUACUGCAGUUCUGUACAGACCCCAAGAACCCUGUUACUGUCAUCAGAGGACUGGCCGGAUCCCUACGACUCAACCUGGGUCUGUUCUCCACUAAGUCUCUGGUGGAUGCUAACUCUGAGCAUGCUGUGGAGGUGAGGACCCAGGUACAGCAGCCUGCUGAUGAGAACUGGGACCCCAGCGGCACGGGGCAGACCUGGCCCUGUGAGAGCAGCCGCUCACACACCACCAUCGCCAAGUACGCCCAGUACCAGGCCUCCAGCUUCCAGGAGAGCCUCCAGGAGGAGAAGGGGAGUGAUGAAGAAGAUGAUAACGAAGAUGAGGAAGACAAGGAGAAGAAGAGUAAGGAGACUAGCUCUGAGACAUCUAACAAAGACCCCACAAGCAAAGAGGCUACCAGUACCGAGCUGAAACCAGUGGGGAAGAUCAUCAAGUUUGGCACCAACAUUGAUCUGUCAGACCCCAAGAGGUGGAAGGCCCAGCUGCAGGAGCUCCAGAAGCUACCAGCCUUCAUGCGCGUGGCGUCCAGCGGGAACAUGCUGAGCCACGUGGGCCACACCAUCCUGGGCAUGAACACGGUCCAGCUCUACAUGAAGGUCCCCGGGAGCCGCACGCCUGGCCACCAGGAGAACAACAACUUCUGCUCUGUGAACGUCAACAUUGGGCCUGGAGACUGCGAGUGGUUCUCUGUGCAUGAAAACUACUGGCCGGCCAUCAACGACUUCUGUGAAAAGCAUGGAGUAGACUACCUGACCGGUUCCUGGUGGCCUGUUCUGGAGGACCUGUACCGCUCCAACAUCCCCGUGUACCGCUUCAUUCAGAGACCAGGAGACCUGGUGUGGAUCAACGCAGGGACCGUCCACUGGGUCCAGGCUGUGGGCUGGUGCAACAACAUCGCGUGGAACGUGGGACCUCUCAACUCCUACCAGUACCAGUUGGCCCUGGAGAGGUUUGAGUGGAACGAAGUGAAGAAGGUCAAGUCCAUCGUCCCCAUGAUCCACGUGUCCUGGAACGUGGCCCGCACCGUGAAGGUCACCGACCCAGACACAUACAAGAUGAUCAAACACUGCCUGCUGCAGUCCAUCAAGCACAUCCAGGUUCUGAGAGACCAGCUGGUGACCGCAGGGAAGAAGAUCUCCUACCAAAGCCGGGUGAAGGAUGAGCCAGCCUACUACUGCAACGAGUGUGACGUGGAGGUGUUUAACCUGCUGUUUGUGACGUCUGAGAGUGGCAGCAGGAAGACCUACGUGGUCCACUGUGAGGACUGUGCCCGCCAGAGGAACCCCAGCCUCUCCAACAACGUAGUGGUGUUGGAGCAGUACCGCAUGGAGGAGCUAAUGAGUACCUACGACACAUUCAACCUGGCUGCAGCACCCAGUUCACGGUGAUGAAGAUCCUCCACGUCUCGCAGCCAUAACCAAAACUCCUGCCAGACAGGACUAAACACACCUUUUAAAAUGUCUUUUAAACUUUUUUCCUUCAUUAUUUAAGAUUUUUUUUACUACUACUUGCCGAUCAAAACAGCCAAUCGAAAACCAGUUUACUACUCAUCAUCACUGUUUACAAAGCCAAUCAAACUCCAGUUUACUUUUGUUGUCUACGGUGCUCAAGACCAGCUUACUGGUUUCUGGAGGACUUGAAGAAACGGAAAGGCAGUUGGUGCUAGCUACCAUUGUAAACACGCAACUGAGUGGACGGUUGUUAUCAAUGGCAUGAAUUUGUGUUAUUUCCGGAUUUCUUAAAACAAAUUGUCGUCUUGAAUACUGAAAUGUGUAAAUGCUGUUUGUAUUUUUUUGUGGGGUGCUGUUUUUUUCUAAAAUAAUUUAUUUUCCUUUUUUUUAAGACUAGAUCAGCCUAGAUAUAUACCACAUUGGCCUUGUGACUUGUAUUUAGAAGAUAAAUAAGAUGGAAAAUACUAAUAAUAGAGAGAUGACAUUUUUCUAAAAGCAUUAAGAAUAAGAUGACACUUUUUGUUUGGAAUGCUUCGAAACAUACGGGUUUUAAAGACAAUUUUGUUUUUUAGUUCUUGUCUUUCUGACUCUUGUAUGUGUUGUAAAUGUUGUGUUUUUACAAAUGUAUAAUGUUUAUUUCCUUAGGAGAGAGAAAGAAGGCAAUUGUCACACCUCUUUAGGAGUACAUCAGGUCUUUGUUUUAAUGAAUUGUUUCCAUUUUUCAUUGUGAUUAAUAUUUCAGUUGGUGUAAUAAUUAAUUCUGUUGUACCUCUGAUUUCAUUUUGUUUAGAGUUUUUUUUUUUUAUAUACAGAUUUAUUCUUUUUUGGGGGGGGGGGGUUGUACAUUGUUCUUUUUUUAUUUAAAAUGUGUCUCGUAUUUAUUGGAUGUCAAUGUUCUCCCCUUGUUUUUAUUAGGGUUGUACAAGUUUGAAAGGUUUUUUUAUGGUGAUUUCUAAGUCCUCUGUCACAACUGUUACAGGAGGACAACGUUUUCUCUGGUGCUUCUUCUGGUUCUAUAUAUAUAAAUGAUAUUUCUAAUGAAUAUAACUUACACCUUCCCCUGUAGUUGCUAGGAUACACAGCUGAGGUAGAAAAUUGACUAACGGAAUACUGUCUUUGUAAUGCGUGAAAAAAACAAAACUACAUUUUCUGUACAUUUUUUUUUUUAUCUGAGAAAAUGUAAUUUAGUUUUUCAACCUUUUUAGGGGCCUUUAGAUUACAUGAAUGAUUUAAAUAAUAUCUGUUGGAGUAUUGACAGCUCUCUGAUGAACAAUUUCUUAUUUUUAUUCCUUUUUAAGAUGAGAAUUCUAUUUUUCCUGUUCCAAAAUACCUUUUAUUUUCCUUCUCUUUGUGGUCAUUCAUUUUAAACUGCACUGUUUAGAGAAUUCACAGACACACACACACACACACACACACACAUACACAACAAACUGAGCCAGACAUGUCUUAAACACUUUUUGAAUUUGUGUGACAUUACUAUGACUAUUAUUAAUAAAUAAAUGCUUUUGAUAAAGCCA